UUCUUCUUCUUCUUCUUCUGUGUGUUUUCUUCUUCUUCUUCUGUGUUUUCUUCUUCUUCUUCUUCUGUGUGGAUAUAAUCUAUCAAUUUCACUCCUACAGUCGGCAUUACGGUCCCACAGAUUCUCAGUGCGUCUCCAAUAGAGUUUUGUUUUGUUAAACAUAUGUCUUACGAGAGGUGUAUAUACCUUUUAACAAUAUUAAUCCCUGCUGGUAUUUUCUGGGUCCACAUGAGCUCUUUGUGGUCUCUGGUCCCAAUUAAAGGUGCUCUGUUAUUAUGUAUUUUGAUACCUGCUCAGCACAGAUGAUUAAACUUAGGUUUGCCUUUAGGUGGGGUGAUAUAAUAAGCCUGUGUUGAGAAAUGUCAUUCUUCUUCCGUUUCACACAAUGCUGAUGUGUGAGGGAGUUUGGAGUUUUGAAGUUUGCAGCGUGACAAGGGCGUCUAUGACACACACACACUGUGUGUGCGUGCGUGCGCGCACUCCCUGUUUAGUUGGUUACACACUUAACUGAAGUCAGGAAUGCUACCCUGUGAGAAGAGGAAAAGAGGGAGAAAACAACAAUGGGAGGGGGAGGAGAGACACAGAGAGAGAGAGAGAGAGAGAGAGAGAUUGGACUAGAGGAUAAACCAGUGUGGCAAGUUUGCGUCACUGUACUCCAUCAUGCAAAGCCGAUGAAAAGAGACGAGAGAGGAGUCGCUGUAGGAGCUGAUGUCAUUACAGAGCGCUGCCUUCAUUAUGAACCCAUGUCAACACAGUGGCGACAGGUAAAGAAGUCACUCCAAGAGAAGGUAAGGAACAUGUGUUUGUGAAUGUUGUAAUUAUGUGAGAGAGUAAUGUCGGAUGUUGGGGUGCAUUUCUAUCUUUCUUGCUGUUCAAUCGGAGUUUAAAGAACUGUGCCGUGUUGCCGGGUUACCCAGAUGGGAGUCUCUGUGACCAUGCUGAACAGGUGUUUCUGUAAACCGACACUCAGACUCACCUGCAUUGGAAAGCACCAUAGAGACUGUCACCAAAAGACGGUGCCUGUUAUGUGUGGCUGAGAGCUCCCUGAUGAGCCAUUGUUCAUCAGUAAUGCUGUCCAUCUCUCAGCAGGCUGUACGUAAAUCAAAGUGGCGCUGUCCUCACCUUUGCCCAUCUUAUCUGAUAAUUCCACCUGAAUACACUAUAACACGGUUUCAGUCUGUUGUUGUCUUACUUUGGUUUCAUGAGACCGAUACGGGCUGCACAGAGACUGAUAGUGGAACUUUAACACAUUGUUUUGGCUGGGUGGAUUGCUGUUAGGGGAGUUUUUCCAGUUUUGGGUUCAGGUUUAGCUGACGAUGACAGGUAGUCAUGAGUAUGUUGCUUGUGUAAACAGCAGUUAUGAUGUGUGUGUACAACAGAGUGCAUUAUCUGAGUCCCACUGUUCUUUGAAUGGGCUCAUUGAGUCACUGUGAGGCGAAUGUCAGAGGGGCAGGGAUGUGUUGCAAAAUGACAUAGCUGACAGGAGUGAGUAUAUUGUAGUGUUUUUGGCUCUCUGGCCCUCAUGCUUUUCUGUUCCUAUUAUUUCUUCUUAUCGUUUUCAUAUCUCAUCCAUUCACUCUCCACUUUAUGCUUCCCUGUAACGUCUUGUGUUGACUGUUCUCAACCACUCUGUGCUUCUGUUUCACCAUCUCGAGGAGCCAAAGCAACCACAAUCCACAUAUCAUAACAUUCCAGCCCAAUUCGUUCUCAGAAUGGAAAUUUGUACAUUUUUUUAUGCUUGGCAGGCAACGGGAGCUGUUCGCUAAAGACUGCAAGGGAACAACAAGAGAUCAAGAAGAGGAGCCCAGAGGAGUCAUCUCAUCGAGGACACAAAACAGAGAAUCAUCAGAAGCGGCAGCUGCUGCAUUCACACAAACUGCUUCCAGAUUUCCGUCUAAAAGACAGUUACUUGCAAUUGCAUAAAGAUCUCUUCCACUCUCUUUUUGGGAUUUGGCACUUGACAGCAGAUCAUUAACUUUGUUUACUCUCAGACAAUGGACUUGUCCACACUGCCUACUCCAGUGAGUGAGUAUGAUAACCAGAGUACAGAAGCACGCUUCACUGUCCGCUCAGCAAACUCUCCCUCGUACAGUCUCACUCGCAGGGCAGCUGUUAGGAAACCCAAAUGUUUUUUGGAGGAGGAGAGGAAGAGUGAUGAAGAAGUUGGCGAGAGAGAGAGAUUCAGGACGCACACUGGCACAGAUGGUACAACCAAAGAAGAGGAUCACACACUCUCUGGUUAUCAAGCCAGGACGGAGAGUCCCAGCAGUGUCAAAGGUCAGAGUGAGAAAGAGGAUACGUCAGGCUACACAACAGCUACCGAGCUGAACCAGAAUGGCACAGCAGACAAAACUAUCACAGAUUCUGGCACUGACAGAAGUAGAAAAUGUAACCCUGCGUCUGAAAGUCGGGUCAAGACAGACUGGAGGAAAUACAGCCUGCCGAGUAGAAGUAAGAGUCUAGAUUGGAGAGCAGGGGCAUCAAGCCCUGAUCGUGGCAAGAUGGCUGACAUGUUCGUGUUGCCAACUCAACGAGGCAUGGACGAAGAAAGGACUGGAGUUGAAGGCAUGAGUGGCAGGGUGAUGUCUUCAAUACAUGCCUAUAACUCCGCUGGUACAAGUAAUGUUGUUCAGGAGAGGAGCCCAGUGAGUCACAUGAGUGAGACUUUGGACAGGGCCAGUAAAGGUCAUUCUCUUCCCACUAGUUUUAGGUCCCUGUCCGGAUCUGGCUCUGGUGUCAGAGAGGCAGCUUCUUCAUUUGGGCCCAAAGGAGGUCAGAGCAUAAUGGAGCGGAUAAAGAAACUCUACGGGUCAACUGGUUUCAGUAAAAUGGAGGAUUGCAGCAUAAUUAGGGACAUCUCAACCUCAGCAACGUCCCAUCACAGAGAAACAACAACACAACCCCUCAUUUCUACACAGCAGAGGUCAUAUGAGUGGGCUUCGGGGGGAACCUCCCGCAGGCGUUUCUCAUCAGAAGAGAAAAGGAUCCCCAGUCCAGUGCAAAGCAGGAAAUUUUUCACCUGGACACAAAAAGACACUACAGGUUCUGAGACUUCAUUUUUACCACGGACAAACAGGACAAGGGAGGGAUUGUCAGGGGUACAGUGGCUAGGACAGAUCCAGGGCCAGUACUCAGAGGUAGGGGGAGUUAAGUUGAGCAGAGGGUUAGAGGAAAUGGGCACAAGGUCUCUGGAUAGAGCCAGGAGCAGGUACUCGACAGCAGCUCAGAUACGAUCUGCAAGGGCUGCAGCAGGAAUUACUUCACCCCCACAUUCUAACAGUUUCUCAGAAGAAGAUAGAACAGUUUCUUUGAGAGAUUUGUCUGGUUUGAGGGAAGGAAGAGCAAGUGGGAAUGAGAGUAAGGAUCAUGAAGGGAUGAAGGGCAAGACUGAUGGAAUACAAGGGACAUUGAGUGAAGGAACCGAGCGACUUGAAGAACAGGGGGAAAAAACAGAUGAAGUAGCAAAAGAAACAACAGAAUUAAUGAGUAGCUUUACUGAUGAUGUGUUUGAUUCAAACCCACCGAAAGUGACAAUGAAAUCAAUAGAGAGGAAGACAUUCCUGGGGAGGUUGUCGGCCGCCUCUGCAGCCAGUGUGAGAAAUAAGAUCAAUCAGUUCGAGGCUCUCACACAGAAUUUGGCUACAGGACAGGCCCUGAUGCCCAGACGGGCCUUUUCUGUGCCAACACAUCUCAGCUUGGCUCAUGAAGGAGUGAAAAAGAGCGGGUCGGCAAAAGCGAUAGGUGGAUUGAGACACAAGUGGGAGGGAUUGAAAGAGGGAGGGGAGGCAGGUGAUGAAACUGAGGAGAAAGUGACGGGAGGAGGAAAGAAGCUUGGGUCAACUAGAUCUUUAUCACUGGAUGAGAAUGGACUAAAAUCAGGGAAGAAAGAGAGAGAAAGGGAUGAUUUUGUUGAGAAUGAAGGAGAAGAAAUGGAUAGCACCAACAAUUGUGGUGAUUUUGGUAAAUAUUCCAGUCUCAAGACAACCCUAGAAAUCCCACGAAAUGGAGGCGCUCAAAGAAAAUGUAGAAACUUUUACGUAGACGAGACAGAUUUUUACAGAACCUCAAGCCCUGAGGAGGCACCAUCCUCCUUGCAACUGUCCAACUCCGCUGGUGUGCAGAAAACAACACCCCCUAGGUUUACUUCACCUGUUAGUGAUGAAGACAAGACUCCAACAAACUCUCCGAACAACUCGCCCUUUCUUACACCUACCACACAACUGGAAAACGUCUUUCCCAUUGCUCACAGCAAAAAUGAAAGUACUUCCAUCCUCGCACAAGCAGCCAAAAUCCCCAAAGAAGAUUCACCGCUUCUCCCUCGUCCCCUUGCCACUUCCUCCCACAGCAACCUCUCUGAUCUCAUCUUACCAGAUGUAAACACAGCCCAUCCACUUGGGAAGAAACAGCUGUUGGACCUGAAUGCCUGGGUAGCUGGCUUGAAACCAAAUAUUAUGGUCUGGGAUGAUGAAGAGGAUUUUGAGGAUGAUGAUGAUGAAAGUACACAGAGGGACGAGGAUUCAAACUAUGAUUCAGACUCCGGAGAGUCCUCGGUGACCAUCACGAGUAACAUGAGCCAGUCGGAUCACAAGAGCUUCUGUGUCAGUCUUUCAGACCUGUGUAACUUUGCUGGUGUUGAAUACGAGUCGGAGAAUGAUAUCGAUGAGUGGCAAUCUACCAGCUAUCGGACUGCCUCGCUGAGCUCAGACAUGUCGGCCCUGUCCUGUGUGUCUGUGAUGCCCAGUGAGGAGCUUGACAGGCUGCUGGAGGACGUGAGGAGCGUGGGGGACAGCACUCUGCAGGACUAUAACGAUGUACAGGUGGUGGUUCUCCAUAAGGACAUAGGUGUGGGACUGGGCUUCAGUUUGGCAGGAGGCGUGGACCAGAACAAGCCAGUCACUGUUCACAAGGUGUUUCACUCGGGUGUUGCAGCAAAGGAAGGCUCCAUAAGCGAAGGGGACCAGGUCCUGUCAAUCAACGGCACAGCACUGUGCGGCUACACCCACUGGGAGGCCUUGAGGGUCCUGAGGAGAGCAAAGACUCGGGAGAUGGGGGUGGUGGUCCUGAGGAGGGGAGGGAUGAGCAGUGUCUGUAACGGGGGAGCGCAGACGAUUAAUCAGGGACAAACGCAGAUUCAGUGCACUGAGACAGGUCAGCAUAUGUGUGUUCGUCUGGAGAAGAACACCAGGGAUCUGGGCUUCAGCCUGGAGGGAGGUGUAGACUCCAACCUUGGGAACCGACCACUCACUGUACAGAAGAUCUUCCAGGGAGGUCCUGUUGAUGAGGUGUGUCCUGGUGAUGAGGUGGAAGAGAUUGAAGGAAUGAGCGUGGUGGGGAUGAGGCGCCUGGAGGUCUGGACUUUGAUCAGAAGACUGCCCCCUGGGCCUGUGGACAUGGUGCUUCGUCGCCCUAUUAAACAUCUGGAAAAAUGAGGAUUGUUGAGGUGCUUUGCUAGUGGCUAAGAACCAGACAUGAUUUAAGUGAGAUAUCUGUGCCUAAUGCCAUUAAAAUAAUUCAACAAUUUGUAGUCAUUAUAACAAAUCCCUACAGGAAAUAUUAUCUUAGAGACAAGGUCAAAAAUGUGUAAUUUUCUCACUUUAUCUACAGGAUUACAUCUACCUCAAGGCCUGUGAUAUUUCUUUACCAGCCCAUGAUUAAAAUGCACUGAUGGCUCAUUCAAGUCAACCAACCUUUGCUACAGAUACUUUGGUCAGCUAAAAGCUAGUAAUGUGGUGCCUGUAAAUAAAUAUGCAUGUUGUAAUAUAUUGUGAAAAGAAGCUGGCUGCAUAAAGAGUUUAUCGAGCUUUUUAAUAAAUCCUAACUUAAAGUGA